GACAUUUGGAGUUGAUUGAGGUUAUGUAAUUUUUUUUUAACAUAACCUAACUUUUACAACAAAAAUGUUUACAAGAGAAUGGACGAAAAUUGGGAUAUAGAGUGCUCCGACGACGAAUUUAAAGACAUAAAAGGCCCUUGGGAGCCCCCUCCUGAAGUGAUCGAAAAACUUUACGAUCAAUUAAGCAAGGGUGAAAUUCCUGAACUGAACUGGAAAUGUCCUGGAUACCGUUCACCCUCUCCGGAAGUGGAAGAGCCGCCUCCGGUUGAAGUUGAGCAAAAACAGACUGAGGAUAAGUCCGAUUUUGAUUUUAUGGACGAAACUACGUCCCCACGCCUCAAAAUUCGAAACAAAGGAGAGGAAGCACUGAAAGGCAGCGCCAAGAAGAAAACUACGUCUUUGGACGGUGUUAUUAACAACAUGCGGAGGCAUAAACUCAUACCGCAACAAAGCAACCAUUGAAAUAACAUAAAACACUUCAUAAAUCUAGGAACUUUAUUCUGAAAUUAGCACAGUUAUGUUGAAUUGAAUCAAAGAAUAAAUAUUUAAGUGAUA